UCGGUGGCGGCAGUGGGCCAGUGCUCAGUGCCGCGGGAGGUGGUAUUGGCGUCCCGCUCCGACCAGAGACCGGCACACGAGGGACUCGGCUCAUCGUCAGACUCCAGCUCAGAGCACCAUGUCCCAGCUCGGCGCGCUGCCUCUGGCGCUCCUGGCGCUGUUGCUAGCCCACUCAACUCUCGCCAAGAAGACGCCCGUCUCACCCCCGGCAGAGCCGCCGAUCGACUACGAGUCCUUGGAGAACGUCUGCGACCUGGUCGACAUGGUGGAGACCGUGUUCUGUUACUGCGACUUCCUGGAGCGCGGCGAGGGCGAGACGGCCAACUGCUUGGUGUACAACAGCCCGCGCGCCUCAGACCGCGUCUGGGACGCGUUCUACCACCAGCCUAACCUGCACCGGCUGACAAUCAGCGGCCGAGGACAGGGCGGCCUGGACGCUGUGCCCACGCGCGCGCUCCGCUACCUCCGACAACUGUGGGCGCUCGAGAUGAAGAACACCGGCAUCACCAACGUCACCGAGGACGCGUUCGGCCGCUCCGAGAGCAUCUCCGACCUGGUGCUGUCCGGCAACGGCAUCACGGAGCUGGCGCGACGCUCCUUCAGGCACCUGACCAACGUUACCCGGCUGAACCUGGGAGAGAACCAGCUGCGGGUCAUCAACCGGCAUGUGUUUGUGGACAUGCCACGGCUGAGGCAUCUCUACCUGGACCGCAACAGCAUCACGCGGGUGCGCAGCGGCGCGUUCGUGCAGCUGUCCGAGCUGCGCGACCUCGAUCUCUUCGGCAACGAGCUGCGCGCCGUGUCGCGCGGCACGUUCAAGGGCCUGUCGCAGCUACGGAGGCUGUUUCUGCACCGCAACCAGCUGGAGGUGAUCGGAGACCGGACGUUCGCCGAGCUGCCGCGGCUCACCGAGCUCGAUCUCUCCGAGAACCGGAUCCAGUUUCUGGGCGGCCACGGCCUGGAGGGGCUGGGCAACCUGGUGAAGCUGGUGCUGCGGGAUAACCGUCUGACGCAGCUGCAGCCGGCCACCUUCAGCCACACGCCCGGCGUGUUCUACCUGAGCCUGCAGCAGAACCGCCUGCAGACCCUGGAGCAGGCCACCUUCCGGCCCAUCAUGGACAACAUGAACAACAUCACCAUGUACUUCUACAGCGCAGAGAACACUCUGCAGUGUGACUGCCGGCUGGCCUGGCUGAUUCGCCUGCGCUCCCGGACUGCCUCGGCGCACGUGCGGGCCUCCCUCGAGUCGACCAUGUGCCACAUGCCGCGGGCGGCGGUUCCGGAGCGUCUCGGCGGUCCGGGCUCCGGUUCCGGACUGGCCACCGUUCCGGAACUGGACGGGGAGGAACCGGCCGCCCUGCUGCCCGUCAAACUGGUGGACCUCAAGCUCUCGGAACUGCCCUGCGACCGUCCGCUGGCCGAGGAACCGGUGACCGAGGAGGUGCCCCGGCCAGCUCCGCAGCUGCAGAAGACACCAGAGGUGCUCUCCUCCCCUCCACAGCCGGCCCGCUCCUCCCUGACGACCGGCGCGCCUCCGCCGCCCCAGUCCGCAGACUCCACGGCUGAGGUCAAACUGGGCGGUGUAGGUGCCGGCCUCGGCGGAGGUGGCGACAGCGCGGCCUCAUCAGUGUCUGUCAGUAGCGGUCUACUGCUACCGCUGGUGGUAGCUGCGGUAGCUGCUCGGUAGGAGUCAUUACUCGUGGCGGGAGGAUGACCCGCAACUGUGUCACGAACUGGUCAGCCCGAGUUGGGCCCGAGUGUAGUCAGAGUCAGAGUCAGUCCCAAAGUCAGGGCUGUGGCAGGAGACAGAGUUUAGUCAGACGAAGAGACGCUGGUGACUGGUUUAGUCUCUGGAUGUGCGGGUAUUCGACUGGACGGCAGCAUACCGGUUGGCCAAGCAUCGCCCAGAAUAUCGCUCAGUGGACUGGACAUCCGUGUGAUUUUACACUCGCGCUCGCUCACAGAACAAGACAGCUGAGACAUUCCAUCGAUAAAGACGCCCAGCUUCGCCAUCUCUGAACCAGUCCAAAGGUUCUCCAAUCUUGCCUACGGUGCAGCUGCCAUCAAACUAUGAGUCCGUGAGUUCUCCCCGCUUCACCAGUCAACAGGCCUGCAGUUCUGAGACAGUUGUCCGCGGGCAGUCCAUCCGGUUGCCGCCUCCACUCGCCUCACGCACACGGGCGGGAAGUCUUGCCAGUCGGCGCAGGGCCGUGUCAUAAAGGUGCACCAUUCUGCUGUCACCGCUGAGCCUCGCUGGCGGGGUCACCUGUUGCCGGCUGUCAACGGUCAGAGAUGAUAGGAGGACCUCCCUAGUGUCGGGGUCGCGGUCGGCAGGCAGGAAAACUGACGGCUGUCCUGCUGGAUAACUGACAGCUAGACAGUAGACAGUCAGACAGCUGGAUAGCUGGGCAGGUGGACACCGGGUGGACAGGCGUGUAACUGAUCUGUCUAGUGUGUGUCCAGUGGUGGACUUUGGUGGACACUGUCCACCAAAGUGUCUUUGCUGCGGUGUCUGUCAGCGGUGGAACCUCAAAACCAUGAAGUGUAUGGAGCCUCCAUCAGGUGACACAAGAGAAGCGUGCGUUAGGGACUAUUGACUUCAGUGAUGUAGAAACUGCAGGGGGUAACUGUCAACUUUGCGGGCUGUUCACAGUAUAGUUUCAACGAUCAUGCAAAGUUGGCUCAAUGGAAUGCCAGUUUUCGACAAUGCUGCCCAUUGCGAUUUUUUUCGGGAUGGGGCCAGUGGAAUUUGACUGUAGAUUCUUCCGGUGUGAAUGAUAGGUUUCAAUAGUUGUCUUGUAUUGAUACCGUACUUGGUUGCCAAAGCUAUGAAUAUAGCUUUUUCUAUGAAUACCACGGAUGUUUUAAAUGGUCGUAACGCCAGGGACGCUAAUCAUUACCGAUUCAGUGUCAGUUUGCUAGUAGUUUGGUCGUGUCUUUUAUCUACGCGCUACGUAUCUCGCACUGCUGUUCCUUUCUUCGAAUCGUUAUGUAUGUAAAUGAAUGACAAUACGUACAGAAAACUAGAAUGAGCUGCUUUUGAGGCUUUAUAUUCGAGUUCCGUGGACCGUAGACAUAUGGUAUUAUAUAGUGGACUUGUGAAGGAGUGUUCGCAUGGUCUCAUGUGGAUGUGUGUAGGUAUGUUUCAGUCUGUGUGUUUGUCUGUGCUAUAUUGCUUCCGUUUUUGUGUUGGUGCCCAGCGAAAACUUCAUUAACACUGCCACUUAUGUUAUUUGGUAAUGCCGCUGUCUAUCCAAUCGACAACAAAUAAAGAUGUUGAGAUUCAG